AUGGCAGAUGAAGAUACUCUUCGCGUGAUUAUUGCUGGUGCUGGUAUUGCGGGGCUUGCAGCAGCCAUCUCCCUCGAGCGAGUGUCAACGAUUCCGCAUCUUGAUAUACAACUAUACGACCAAGCUCCUGAGCUUCUUGAAAUUGGUGCCAGCAUUGCGCUCAGCCCCAAUGGUAUGCGUGCUUUGGAGAAACUCGGCGUACACGAAGCUCUCACAGAUGAGGUAGGCUACAGAGGACCAAGUGGAAUUCCACAAAUCUUUCGCCACUGGAAAACCGACCAAAUCGUUUCUUUUGAUACCCACGCCAACGUUCCAGAUCCUUGUCACCACACAACUCGUUUCCACCGUGGCCAUUUGCAUAGUGCUCUUCUGAAGCACGUCAAUUCCCGGUCUAUUCAUUUGAACAAAAAGGUCGCGCGUGCAGAAGUGAGCCAAGAUGGAGUAUCUCUCUAUUUCGAGGAUGGAAGCAGUGCUCACGGUGAUAUUCUGAUAGGAGCAGAUGGAAUCCGAUCGCGAGUGAGACAGUCAUUCAUUCCUGAGUAUAAGCUUCGCUUCACUGGAAAGGUAUUUAUGAGAUCUACUUUUGAUGCAUCUCUCGUCGAUGGCAACGUGCCCGAUCUACCUGCAGAUUCAAUACAUUGGUGGGGACCAAAGGAUAACUUCUUUGCAUCGCGACUGGGCAAAGGCAAAUAUACCACAGUCGGCGCCUAUGAUGAUCCACACUCGGCUGAAGAGAUCGAGAAACAUAUUUCUUGGGACCAGCCAGGCAACGUGGAUUUCUUGAGGGAAAGAUACAAGGACUGGAAUCCAACAAUCCGAGCUCUCACCCAGCUGACUCCCUACACCCACCUCUAUCCCAAUUUUGCUGGAGACCCCCUUCCAACUUGGGUAUUUGGGUCGCGUGUCACGUUGAUUGGAGAUGCAGCACAUGCUCACGGGGGUGCUUUUGCUGCAGGUGGCUCUUUAGCACUUGAUGAUGCUUUGGCGCUCAGUCUUGCUAUGAAGCAUGUUUUUAGUUCAAGCUCGAUACCGCCAUCAUUCCCGGUUGAUAAGGUUGGCAAGGCGCUCGAGUUAUACAGCAAAACAAGACAACCGCAUACUGCACGACUGCUGCAUAUUAUACACAAUCAGAUCAGCCAAAAGCCUCAAGGAAAUAUGACACCAGAAGAGGAAGAGCACGCUCUCAUAAAGAGAAUGAAGAGCAGACCGAACACGGAGUGGCUAUCGGAGCAUGAUGUGGAAGCUGCAUUUGCUGCCACAGUCGAGCAGCUGGAAGCUGGAGAUGCCGCCAAGGAACCACAAUCCCUGAAAAGUAUCAAAGCAGACAGAAAGAUUGGACAGGACAUGGAGCUCAAAGAGAGUAAAAUGUAG